GGGACUAAUCUAAAAAUGCGAUUUCAUUUGUUAAUUACCUCAGCAAUGUACUCUUCCGCAAGUAAUUCUUAUGGACAGCAAACAUCGAAUCCAAAUCCAUCGUCAACUGCACCCCACGAUGAAGAUUUGAUUAAAUGGUUUCAAGCAGUUGACCAGGAUAAGUCUGGAAAAAUUUCUUCAAGCGAGCUAAGACAAGCGUUGGUUGUCGGCAAUGGAGCUCAUUUUAGUAUUGAAGCCUGUGAUUUACUGGUGAAAAUGUUUAGUUCUGAAAAUUCGAGAAUGAUUGAUCUGCAAGGUUUCAAGCAACUCUUCCAUUAUGUCAACCAGUGGAAAACCUCAUUUCACAUGUUUGACAAAGACAGCUCUGGUGCCAUUGAUGAAAAAGAACUUGGACAGGCUCUUUUUCAGAUGGGUUACAGGCUGUCAGACAAAUCAAUUGAAUCUCUGUUCAAUAAAUUUGCUUCCAAACCAGGUCAAAUUACCUUCGACGGUUUUAUUUUGGCCUGUGUCCAGUUACAUAAGUUAACUAAUGCUUUCCGGCGACACGACACGAAGUUAAUGGGCACGAUCACUGUUGGGUAUGAAGAUUUUCUCCAAGCGGUUGUGGAAAGCACUUAACGCGUUUUUCAUCCUUGUGUUGUGUCUACACAAAUGACUCUCUAUGGAACUGUAAUACUCUCGUGAUAGAAAAAUUAUCUGGAUUUUUUUCCAAUAAAUUUUCAAGGACU